GGUGUUAUAGCAACAGAAAAGCCCAUCGUCAUUAGACACAACAGGACUGCUGUGAGCCGAGAGACGCUGUCGCACUUCAGUCUUUCUGUGAGGUGGUCUACCACAACCCCAUUUAAAGAGUUCACACCAAACACACACCCAGCGUAGGAGGAUGGCGGUGAAUGUCGUCUCCACCUCUAUGACUAUAGAGAACCUGAGUCGUCAUGACAUGUUAGCGUGGGUCAACGACUCUCUGCAGCUCACUCUCACAAAGAUCGAGCAUCUCUGUUCAGGUGCUGCUUACUGUCAGUUGAUGGACAUGCUGUUUCCUGGGUGCAUAUUAAUGAAGAAAGUGAAGUUUAACGCUAAACUGGAACAUGAAUACAUCCACAAUUUCAAAGUCUUACAGGGUUCAUUCAAGAGAAUGAAUGUGGACAAGAUCAUCCCAGUGGAGCGUCUGGUUAAAGGAAAGUUUCAGGACAACUUUGAGUUCCUUCAGUGGUUUAAGAAGUUUUUCGAUGCCAACUUCGACGGGAAAGAAUACGACCCUCUAAUGUCACGGCAGGGCCAGGAGGGAACGCCGCCUCCACCAAACCCAGGUGCACACAGUCCCAGCAAACCUAAAAGACCACCCUCUCGCUCAGGACCUGUGAGGACUUCCCCUACAGUACCAAAACCUGCCCCCCCGCCACAGAAGCAGAUCAUUGUAGCAGCACCCCGUAAAUCCAAUAACACGUCCCGUAACGGGGGGGACUCUGAACUCGUGGAGCUCCACCAGCAGUUGCAGGACCUGAAGCUGACUAUAGACGGACUGGAGAAGGAGAGAGACUUCUACUUCGGAAAGCUGAGAGACAUUGAGGUCCUCUGCCAGGACAGCGAAAGUGAAAACCCAAUCUUCAACAAAAUCAUGGAUGUGCUUUACAGUACAGAGCCUGCUUCCACAGGAGGGCUUUGCACCACCAGAGGAUGAAGACAUCGACGACGGGGCACAAGGAGAUGAGGAAGAGUUCUGAUCUCUUCAUCAUCCUCCACCCUAUUAUCGUCCUCCUGUUUUUACCCCUUUUAUUAUUUCCUUUUUACAACUUCCCCUUCCUUCCCCCAUCUUUUCCGCGGCUGUCCAUAUCCAUGUCGACUUUUGCUUUAAAGUAGCUGGACUCAACAUGACUUUAUUCUCACAGAGGAGACAGCUGCACUGCAGGGCUGGGUUAGCCUGCUAGAGAAAAGGUUAAUAGCAAUGAGAUUACAGGAAUCCAGCACUCACAGGUCACUUUCUCUCACCAUGCACUUUCAUCUGUGGCCACACACGAGCAUCAGGGUCCUCUGCAGAGUUUACAUAUGAAACCACAGCGAUUUCCACACAAUGUGACCAGUUUAAACAUAUUUGGGCUAUACACUUCACUAGGAGAGAUUAUAAAUGGAUUGAAGACACUUUAAGAAUAGAGGCAUGCACAUAUAUUUUUAACAUUUUUCUUAUGAUGACACGUGAACGUACAUUAACCCCCUUUCUCCCCCCCGGACAUAUCACCGACUUUGAACUGCUCAUAAUGCAUAAAGAAGUCAUCACUCCCGAAUUCAUUCAUACGGUUUGCUUAUGAUUGUAUUGACAAUUUAUUUAUGGUUUUAUUUAUUUAUGAUUUUUCUUUGAAUAUGCUACAGUUUCUGGAUUUGGGUUUGGAUUUGGGGAUAUUGAAGAUAUUGCACUAAAUGUAGCAAAACAAAUUUACUAAAAUGCCAACAUGCAGUGAAGAUACAGAAAGAUGCAAUUUUAUAUAUUUUGUAGAUUUAUUUUAAAGAGGUUUGUUUUUUUCGAUUUGCAUUGAAAUGUGAAAUGGCCAAGUUGGAGGCGUCAGUGUUAGAGUAAAUUACAAGACAAAUGCCAGGCUUCGAAUUCUUUGAGUGCAUAAAAUGUAAAACUACAGACAGACACUAAUAAGUACUAAUGUUUGGCUGUGUUGAAUGAGUUAAUCAUUUUAGCUGCUAUCAUCUUUCUUUUGCCGUAUUUAAUUGAGUUAUUUUGCAAAGCGUUCAACCGCCACAGGGGCAGCCAAGGAACUAUUGGUGUGGUUUAUUGUGAUCGACAGUGGUUAAACCUGUCUGAGAGAAAAUACUUAAAAGUGUAUCUCAUGGCAGCUUGUGAUAAACUUGCAUUGUUUGCAGUCACUGCUGCAAUAAAAUAAAACUCUUGUGUUCAAGAAAAGAAACAAACCUUA